AUGCUCGCAAUCACAAUCAUCUCCGCCAUUCUGGCCUUCACACCCACCGCUCUCGCAAACCCCGUGCAGAAGCGCGACCCAGGCAACUUUCGCCUCUUCGAGCACCACUAUUACCAGCAGGUUUGCGGGCCCGGAGCCUGCACCGGCGGCAACGACCUCAACUCACUUAGCGUCAGGGUCCAUGACGACUGUAACGGCGGUGGCUGCAAUGCCAAACCCGCUCCAAACCUCACUCCACGCGAGAGCUUUUGCGACCAGGACUUUACAGUCUGUGAUCGCACCUUAAGGCUCGUGAGCCGUGGUCCUGACGACUGCAAGGCUCUACGCGACCUCAGCUCGGCUGACAAUGGAAGCGCGUAUGCCACGUUGGUGGAAGGUGACACUGAUGUUGGCACUUGUUCGGUGGAUUUCUCGAAGAGCAAGACUUGUAGUAUUGCGUUUGGCGGUGACAACGCCGAUAGCAAUGUUUACUGUGCUUUCUUUUAA